AACAAUCUCAUCCAACAACCUAAAAAAAAACAGCUAUGAGUCUGUUUGUCUUCCUCGUUUCUUCCCACGAGUACGAACAAACUUAUAACAACCACACCACUUUGGACUAAGAUCGAACAACCCAUUAAAAAAACAAAACCACCUCUCAUUUCCCAAUCCCUCUACCACCACCACCUACCAUGGCCUCCUUAUCCUUCCUCUCCCCUCCUUCCUCCUCCUCUCUUUCCUCCCUCCACAACACCACCCCUUCCUCCUCCCGCCUCUUCUUACGCACACCCUCCCUUAACCUCCGCGCCCCAACCAAAAUCUUCUCCCUUAAAGCCCAAUCCGCCCCAGUCCUCACCCAAGACGAACUUAAAAAGAUCGCAGCCGACAAAGCCGUCGAGUAUGUCAAAUCCGGCAUGGUCCUCGGCCUUGGAACCGGCUCUACCGCCGCCUUCGUGGUAGCCAAACUCGGCGAGCUCUUAAAAACCGGUGAACUGACAAAUAUCAUUGGAGUCCCAACUUCAAAACGCACAGAAGAACAGGCUCGUUCUCUUAACAUCCCUCUUUCAAUACUCGAUGACCACCCCCACAUUGAUCUUGCCAUUGACGGGGCUGAUGAGGUGGACCCACUACUUAAUUUAGUGAAGGGUCGCGGCGGAGCCCUUUUAAGAGAGAAAAUGGUUGAAGCAGCAUCAGAUGAGUUUGUUGUUGUUGCUGAUGAGACUAAGCUUGUUGAUGGUCUUGGUGGAAGUAAACUGGCAAUGCCAGUUGAAGUAGUGCAAUUUUGUUGGAAAUUUAAUUUGGUGAGGUUACAAGAGUUGUUUAAAGAUGAAGGGGUUGAGGCUAAAUUGAGAGUUGGUGAAGAUGGGAAGCCCUAUGUGACCGAUAAUUUUAAUUAUAUUGUUGAUUUGUAUUUUGAGAAUCCGAUUAAAGAUGGAUAUGCGGCCGGAAAGGAGAUUUCGGGGCUUGAAGGUGUUGUGGAACAUGGGUUGUUUUUGGAUAUGGCGACCGCGGUUAUUAUUGCUGGGAAGACUGGAGUUGAGGUUAAAAGCAAGUGAGAAUUUCGAAUCUUGUGUUAUAUGAUGGUUUUGUUAUAUUAACACUGUUGUUGUUCGUUAUUUUUGUUGCGGUGAAUUUGAGCUGUUGGGACUCUAGUUGGAUAUUCUUGUUACUUUUCUCAUUAGUUUAGGAAUGGAAAUGUGAAAUAAUGUGAAAUGAUCAAAAUGAAUGAAGUGGUUGUUUCAUGGUUA